UUCAGCGAACAGCCAAUCAGAGUGCGAUAGACUUCUUGGCGCCUUGUUGUGAACGGAGGUCGAACCGAAGUGGAUCCCUGACGUAUUUUUAAUAUUUUCAUGUAUAAACGAAGGAUCGCGGUUGUAAUCGAAUCGUAUCAUUGUUUAAAACACGCGGUUUUCGGAACAAGAUAGUCGUAUGUAGAACACGCAGGCUGCUGCUUGUGUUGUGUGUUUUUGUUGAUUUGUCAGUAGUCUGUCCGAUUAGCAGACUAGCUAACGGCUGCUAGCGGCUGCUGGGCAACGGCACAAUGAGCACCAAGGAGAUCAAGCAACUACAGAAAGCCAAAAGCAAAGCCCAGAUCAGCAAUAAUCUGAAGGAGGAAGCCAAUCUGUGCAAUCAGCUCGGAGAACUUUUAGCCAAGAAUGGUGAUUACCAGGCUGCCAUAGAGGAGCAUCAACAGGAACUGGCUCUGUCUGAGGUUUCUCAUGACAUCAUCGGCUGUGCUGUAGCCAAUCGGAAGAUAGGAGAAUGUUACGCAGAACUUGGAAACAUCGAAGCUGCUCUCAAGCAUCAGAGACUGCAUCUGGACCUUGCUCGCUCUGUAAACGAUGCAGCCGAGGAGCAAAGAGCUCUGGCCACAAUUGGUCGCACUUACCUCUUCCUUCAUGACUCCGAUCAGUCUCAGGACAGCCUGAAGCGAGCAGAAGAUGCUUUCAAGAAAAGCCUGGCUAUACUAGACGGACGUCUAGAAGGGACCGUGUCAGCACGUGAGCUGAGUGAAAUGAGAGCACGUCUGUUGUUGAACCUGGGCUUUGUGUUUGACGGCCUGAAGGAACCGCAACGCUGCAGUGAUUUCAUCCGCCAGAGUAUCUACAUCGCAGAGAAGAACAAUCUGCUGGAGGAUCUCUACCGUGCCAACUUCAAUCUGGGCAGCAUUCACUUCAGAAACGGACAGCACUCUCUUGCAAUGCGCUGCUUUGAGAAGAGUAAAGAGUGUGCACGCAAGAUGAGUGACAAGUUUAGUGAGAGCGAGUGCUUCAACGCUAUCGGCAAGGUUCUUUUGAAUCUGGGUGACUUGCUGGCAGCCCGUCGCUCUCUGAAGAAGGCCUUUCGCCUCGGCUCCCAGCAGCCUGCAGAACGAGAGGCAGUCAAAAGAGACCUGAGAUAUGCAAUCCGUGGCUGUCAACUGGAGGAAGCUAUGGCAGCUGUCAGUAACACCGUCUCUCAGGAGGCUUUGGGUCUUGCAGAGGGACUGGGAGAUCUCUACUGUAAAGUGGGCUGCUAUUCCAAAGCUCUGGAAGCUUAUCACGCACAGCUGUCAUGUGCCGAACAGUUGGGGAAACCUGUUCGAGAGCUGGCUGUAAUCCACGUCUCUCUGGCAGCCACAUAUUCUGACCUUCGACAGCACAGGAAAGCUUUAGAGCACUACAGACAUGAGCUGAAGCUGAGAGAAGGCAAUCCCAAAGAGGAGUGUGAAACGUGGCUGAACAUCGCGAGCUGUCAGGAGGAGCACGGUGUGAGCCUGGAGGAGGUGGACAACAGUUACACUGCUGCUCUGAAUUGUGCUGAGCGAGCAGCUCAAAGCAAACUCCAGAGACGUGUUCUGAGGAUGUGGCUGCAGUCACAAAAGCGUGCUAGUUCAGCAGGUGCUGACAGCACGGAGGCUCGUCUCCAGGAGCUGUGUGAGGCAGAGGGCUGCCGUGUGGAGGACAGUGACGAAGAAGAGGAGGAAGAGGAACUGCAGAAUAGUGAACCUAUGGACAGUGACAUACAGCUUUCAGAUUCUGAUGAUGACCUGGACGGUUAUGAUAAGCUUGUGACUGGCAGGAGGAAAACUGGCAGGUGGAACCGCCGAAAUGAGAAGGGUGAAACUGCGCUCCACAGAGCCUGCAUUGAGGGCAACAUGAAGCAGGUCCAUUACCUGGUAGAGCAGGGUCAUCCACUAAACCCCAGAGAUCACUGCGGCUGGACGCCAAUACAUGAAGCCUGCAACCAUGGCCAUCUAGGGGUUGUAGCCUUGCUGUUGGACAGUGGGGCAAACAUAAAUGAUCCUGGUGGGGCAUUUUGUGAUGGGGUAACUCCCCUUCAUGAUGCAUUGAGUUGUGGACACUUUGACGUUGCACGGCUUCUGGUGCAGAGAGGAGCUUCUGUUAAUGUCCGCAAUAACAAGGGUGACAAACCUCUAGACACCUUGCGACAGUGGCUAAAGACAUAUGGUCGUGAACUGGAUCAGGAAACACGGCAGGAUUGUUUAGAAACCGAGAAACUUCUGAAAAGAGCACUGACCGGAGCAGUGGCAGCUGUGCCUGUGACUCCACAAGCUCUACAGGACAGUCAAUUAUUCGACGCUGAGUACUCAGAGCCGCUGCUGCAGCGGAAUGAGUCCCACCAAUUAUCCCAGCAUGCCUUGCUCAAUGCACAUACCCCUCCAGAGGCGAGUACUCCUCCCAGAGAGAGGCGAUCCACUGGCCCUCGGCACCAACCUAGGGGGACUGAGGAGAAUGUUUUGUUUGGGAAUGAAAGCAGCUCCUCUGAGCACUCGGACUCUGAGAUCAGCCCACUGCGCCCCGUGAGACCAAGACUUCGUUAUUCAAAUGUCUCUCCAGCCCCACAGGACAUUUGUGCCACACGCGAUAUCCCUGCUCCACAUGGGCUUAGAGAGACAGAGUUGCCCUCACAGCCUCCCUCUGGCAGUAAGGAAUACCACAGGGCCAUUCAAAACCUGGGCAGUGCAAAAUCCCGUUUUCUCUCUCAGAGCUUAACAGAGCCGGCAUUCAGCAGCACACCAGCAGUAUCAACCAAUCAUCUGUCAGCUUUAGUCCCCGAGGAACUUUACUUACAAGAUGACUGGCUAGAAGAUGACUUGGGAAGUAUUCAGCCAAAAAAGAAACGGAGGGUUGUUUCAGAACAGGAAAACAGAUGGGACAAUGCGGCAUUUAGAAAUCAGAGUCGUGCAUCUGGAUCUUUUGAGUCGUCUGCUAGAGGUCAGUCAUCCUCCAGCAGGGGUCUCUCUCUGAAAAAGAAUAACAAAGCCCGACAAGUGAAGAUGAGUCAAAUGCCUGGUAUGGUGAUGCUGGGCAGAAGAGAGGUCACCAGGUCUCCCAGUCCCAUUAUUACCCCUGAUGAUGAACCCCUUCAGGUUGAACGCCCUCAGCCGUACAGCACACAAACAGUGCCACAGGCUGCGCCUCAGACCUCAGCAGCCCCAGUGCCUGCACCAAUCAGGAUGAGGGUUAGAGUUCAGAACAACAUCUUUCUGAUUCCUGUUCCACACAGUGAGGCUGACUCCUGUACAGUGGCAUGGCUGUGUGAACAAGCUGCUCAACGUUAUUAUCAGACCUGUGGACUUCUUCCACGUCUCUCUCUGCAGAAAGAGGGUGCGCUGCUCUCACCUGCUGACCUACUGCUGACUGUUUUGCACACCAAUGAGGAGGUUUUGGCAGAGGUCUGUUCCUGGGAUCUCCCUCCUCUUCCUGAGCGAUAUAAGAAAGCUUGUAAGAGUUUAGGUGUAGAAGAGAACAGGCGCGUGUUGCGGCUAUGUGAGGUGCAGGACGGCUCUCCGCAUGUGUGCGUAUGUGGCCUUAGUCUGGCUCCAGUAAGUCUGGCUCCCCUCCUGCGUGCUUUCAAACUCCAGAGCAGCCUCACAGAGCUCAGACUCUCUGGCAACUGUCUUAAUGAUGACCUCCUUCCUGAGCUCAUCUCUGCAGCAACCACCAUGCCCCUACUUCGUCUUCUUGAUAUCUCAGCCAAUCAGAUCACAGGAGAAGGCAUUAAGAAGGCAGCUAGCACGCUAGAGGGAAGGACACAACAUGCAUUUCCGAGUCUGGAGGAGCUGAAUAUGAGUAUGAAUCCUCUUGGAGAUGGUUGGUCUCACGCUCUGUCCUGUUUAAUGUCCUCCUGUCCCCUCCUGUCUACACUGUCUCUGCAAGGCUGUGGCCUCACUGCUCGCUUCCUACAUCAACACCGUCUCUUGCUGUCCAGUGCUCUCUCAGGUACUGGUCACUUACGGUCAGUGUGUCUGUCACAGAAUGCAUUGGGUGCCACAGGGUUUGAGUUGGUGUUAAAGACAUUGCCAUUACAGCAGCUCACACACCUGGAGCUUAAUGCUGUGUGUAAAGGUCCAUCAGAUCAACCUGCUCUGGACCUGCUCAGCAAACUUCUAACACAGGGUGACUGCUCACUUACGCAUCUGGGUUUGGCUGCAAAUGGGCUGACUGAUCAAAGUAUCAGAUCCUUCACAAGGUGUCUCUCUCUUUGUCCAUCCCUUGUGUCUCUGGACCUGUCCGCUAAUCCCUCUGUGACUUCAACCGGACUACACAGCAUCCUCAGUGCUCUUGGAGAAGCACGAAGGCCGUUGACUCUUCUUAACCUUCAAGGUUGCCAGGUGUGUGGGCCAUGGGACAUGGAGUGUUUGGAGAACCUGGCAGAGCGUGUUGAGGAUCUGCGGCUGUGCUCUCAAAGGCUUAACAAGCUGGAUCAGGAGAUACUACGGCGGAGCUGGCCAGGCCGUAUACUGUCUCGUAACUCCAAGUGCCUGCUCAGUAUGUCUCCUGUUCCACAUUAACUCACACUGUAGCCUUUGUGCAGUCACUAUGUGCUACAGAAUUGAACUGAGCCAAAACCAGUGCUGGUGUUUUCCUCUGUUGGACCUUUUUCCCCCACUCCAUGCUUAAUCACUUGAAUUUAUGUACAAAUAUAUUUCUGUAAUAUGUAUUUAAAUGUGGUAACUUGGUGUAAAUUGAGCAUCAGUCCGAAUGUACGUGUCACUGAAGCAGUAAAGGUCUUUGUGCCCCAUCCACUGUCUGUGAGAAGCAACCUCUCUUUCUAAUGCAACCCGGUCUUAGAAACAUCCAGCAUUAAAAAAAAACCCCAGAA